AUGUGCUUCCUCACGAUGCCAAACCCAGCGCUGCCCUGCCUGCCACCAAGCGAAACACAAAGCCUCUAUUCAGUGAAAUCUUUGGCGCCGCUCAGCACGCCCAAGGCGAUUCUCCCAACAGGCGAGACAGAACAUCUUGUAAGGCCUCUCCUCUUCCUCCUCUGCUGUCUUUGUUCAAUAUUCCCCACUCUAUCCUCGAUAUCAAACAGUCGCUCCGUACUCGACACUCUUUCUAAAAUGCGUUGGCUCUCUGUUACUCUCACCGUCCUCGCCACCAGCCUCGUAAUCGCGUCAGCCACCGGCCCAACCCAAUGUAUUGCUUUCGACACCGACUUGACACACUGGAACUUGUUCGCCUUUGGUUUUCGCGGGAGAGAUUACAACGCCGGAAGGCAGGAGUCUUGGGGGACAUCACGACGAGUGGUCGGCCUCCGUUUGAUCAAGUGCACCCGUAGUGACUUUGAAGGGCAGUAUACAAACGCCAUUUAUGUUAUUAACGCCGACUCUAAGAACCCUUUGACUAGUUACAUCUACGACGCCACCACAAAAUCCUGGUCUGCCCAAACUACGACGACAAAGCGCGCAUUUGGAGGUGGCCCUCCGUUCGAUCCCACCAACGUAGGUGCCAUCCUCGAUCACGACACCAACGUCUUUUACGCCUAUUCCAACAAGGAACUCUUCCGGCUCGACAUGGCUCUCCUGAAAUCCGCCUCGCCCGAAGCCAUUCCUUGGAUUGACGUUCAAACACCCAACUUUACAUCCGGGAAAUCCACGGACUCGUACCAGCCCGUUAUGGCCCUCGCGCAGAACCAUAUCUACUUUUUGGGUGUUCCUGGGAUUCCAGCUGGUGAAGCCAAGAUCUUCGUCAUACACUAUGCGUUCAUGCAACUGGACCGUCAAUUGUACACCGGAACCAAAUUCCCAACGAUGCACGGCGGUACGGCGACCUUCUUCAAAGAGGCUUCAGACUGCUAA